AGUAACAUUCUUACAAACAAUCAUGUGAUUAAUGUAUUCUGUUAUAAUAGGAUAAAAACAAUAAAACCAUUUACUGGUGGCUAAAGAUAAGAUUGAUAAAGUGAAAACAAUAUUUUCGCAAGAAUACUAUAUAAGCCAUUCGCUUGACAUUGCAACAAACUUUAGCCCAAAAAAUUCUCUAGAAUUUUGAUAAAUACUGACAUUUUUUGGGGCUUAAAGGGAUACUAAACCCAGAUUUUUUCUUUCAUGAUUCAGAUAGAUCAUGCAAUUUUAAGCAGCUUUCUAAUUUACUCCUAUUAUCAAUUUUGUUUGUUCUCUUGUUACCUUUAUUCAAAAAGCAGGAAUGUAAAGCUUAGGAGCCAGCCCAUUUUAGGUUCAGCACCCUGGAUAGUGCUUGCUUAUUGGUGGCUACAUUUAGCAAACCAAUCAGAAAGUGUAACCCAGGUUUAGUAUCCCUGUGAUAAGAGUAGGAUGUGAUGUCACUAGUUUGGGGGCGGGGCUGAGGUCCGGUAGUCUGUGUCGCAGUUAGUUAGUAUAAUCAACCUGAAUAGAUGUAUGUUUCCAUGCUCUGUAAUAAAAUAGAGUUGUACCAUCAUUGCUGUGUCCUGCAUCUCAUGACAAUCCCUUUAUACAUUUUGCCCUUAGUGUUCCUUUAACCCCUUAAUGAAUUACGUACCCUUUUUUGCAUCCUUUAGAAAAGUUUAUAUUUGUGAUACAUAUAUAAGCCAAAAUAAGAUAAACAGUUUUGGGAGAGGGGUUUGGGACAGCAAAUGUCCCUGUACCCAGGGCAGCACAAAGUUAAGUAUGCAUAUACUACUAACCCUGAUGUAUGGGUUUACAGUAUGUUGGAAACAUAACCAUUGAUUCUAUUUAACUAAUUAAUUGUAAGGAACCCUUAAAAUUUGGUCGAUAAAAAAAGCCACAGUAUAGAAUUAUAAACUCUCUUUCUUUAUCACAGUUGAAUUACUGUCAACGACCACAAGAUGGCACAGUUAGAUUAUUGUGACAGAGCCUGAAACUAAAAUUUACAUGAUCUGCUCAGAUUCCGCUUCCGGUGCCGCUCUUGUUCCUUUGGCACUUUGUGGUAGGUGAAGCACGCGCUUGCUGUCGGGAACAUGUGUGGGAAAGGAAAGCUGUAGUCAAAAAAACCUCGAGUUUGCUGGAGCGCGUGCACGAGAAGAGGUUUUGAGACUAUCCGGGUGAAAUAUAAGGGGAAGCUGAUGAACAAAACUACUACAAAAUGGUGUUUGUGGUGAAUAUGGAGCUACCAAUGGGAAUGGGGAAGAUUGCCGCUCAGGUGGGACAUGCAGCAGUAGGCUUAUAUCAACUCCUGCUGAAAGAAUCACGUACCAGGGAGAUGGCGUACAGAUGGGAUGAACACGGGGCUAAGAAGGUUGUACUUCAGGGAUCCAGUACUACUCAGCUAAUGGACUUGCAAGCAUUGGCCUUGAGCAUGAAUUUACCAUCAUACAUUGUGCAGGAUGCAGGCCGUACUCAGAUUGCAUCAGGAUCCCACACUGUUCUUUCAAUCAUGGGCGAGGAAGAAAGUGUAAACAAAGUGACAGGGAAACUCAAGCUGCUAAACUGAAGAUUAUUCAAAAAUAUGCAAGAACGUCCUUGAGAAUACGUGGCCAGUGGUAUCACUUGAAAGGGAGACUAGCAAAGAUUUCCCAAAAUAGAGAGUACAAAACAUCCCUCUGUGUAGAGAGGAAGAGAGAUGCAGAGCUUGGAUAUUCUGUGCGCUACACAUUAGAUGAUGCUCCAAACUGUAAAAGGGCAGAAGUGUGCAGCAAAAUGUGCCACCAAAAACACAAGUCGGAAUAGGUUCUGCAAACAAAAAGUAUUACUAUGUACUAGUUAUAGUAGUACAACUGUUGGACAUAAGCAAUAGCUCAGUGUUCCAAAACUGAAAUGAAACAGAUCUAGUUUAUUCAAAGAAUGAUAAAAACGUGUUCACAGUUUGACUGUGACAUAAAUCUGGUUUUGGGUAAAUGCUUAGACAGUUAUGGAAUUGCAAGUUGACUAGAUAUUCUUAUGUAGUUUGUUGUUCACCUGUGAUCCUCAAAAACCUGUUUCAAAUAUUUUUCAUGAAAUCUCAGUAUUUAGCUGCUUGAUUUGUAAAUGUAGUAUUAUUAUUAUUUUUUUUUUUUAUAAAAAUCUACUACUCAUUUGAA